AUGGCAGAAGAUAAUAAGAUCAAAGCUGAAGAAAUCAAAAAUGAAGCCAACCAACUGUUCAAAGAAAAGCGAUUCAUUGAAGCCAUUGAAAGAUACACAGCUGCCAUCGACUUGAAUCCUGUAUCUACUUAUUAUUCCAACCGUGCUUUCUGUCACCUAAAACUUGAAUCUUAUGGAUAUGCUAUUACUGAUGCCGAAGCUGCUUUGGAAUUAGAUCCUACUUUGACAAAGGCUAAUUACCGUAGAGCAAGUGCGAACAUGGCCUUGGGAAGAUUCAAAGAAGCAUUGAAAGAUUUCAAAAUGGUUUGCAAACGUGUACCUGGUGAUAAAGACGCAAGAGACAAGUUAAAUGAAUGUGCCAAGAUUGUCAAACGUAUCGAAUUCGAAAAGGCCAUUGAAGUAGGAAUACAUUCAAAUGAAGAUGUGGCCGAUUCUUUAGAUACUACCACAAUGAAUGUUGAAGAUUCUUAUGAUGGACCUCGAAUUAACGAAGAAACCAACGAAAUCGAUGUAGACUUUGUCAAUAAAAUGGUGGAAAGAUUCAAGAAUCAAAAGAAACUUCACAAGAAAUAUGCUUUCAUGAUUCUGUUGGCUGUACGACAAAUGAUGAUGCAGGCUCCAUCUUUGAUAGACAUUUCUGUACCAAAUGACGGUAAACUGACUGUGUGUGGUGACGUUCAUGGACAAUUCUAUGAUUUUAUCAAUAUUUUCAACAUCAAUGGUUAUCCCUCUGAAAGUCAUGCUUAUUUAUUCAAUGGUGAUUUCGUGGAUCGUGGUAGCUUUUCUCUGGAAGUUGUGCUAACAUUAUUUGCCUACAAGUGUGUUUAUCCUGAUCGACUCUUUUUGGCUCGUGGUAAUCAUGAAACUGAUAAUAUGAACAAGGUAUAUGGAUUUGAAGGGGAAGUCAAAGCCAAAUAUAGUGAAAUGAUGUUCAAGUUAUUCUCUGAAACUUUCAAUGCUUUACCAUUGGCUCAUGUCAUUCAACACAAAAUUUUGGUGGUUCAUGGUGGUUUAUUCUCUCGAGAUGAUGUUACUUUGGAUGAUAUUCGAAAGAUUGAUCGACUGUCAUUAAGACAACCACCCAAUGAAGGUCUCAUGUGUGAAUUAUUAUGGUCUGAUCCUCAACCUGAACUCGGUAGAGGAGCAAGCAAACGUGGUGUAGGUGUUCAAUUUGGUCCUGAUGUCACUAAAAACUUCUUGGAAAGAAACAAACUUGAUAUGUUGAUUCGAAGUCAUGAAGUGAAAGAAAAUGGUUAUGUGAUAGAACAUGAAGGGAAAUGUGUUACGGUGUUUUCUGCUCCUAAUUAUUGGUAA